UGAUCUAUCAUCUGAUUGGACGGCGGACACGUCAUUAACAUGCAUACUGUUACGUCAGACGUAAGGUCAAGAGGAAAAGAAGCAUGGCCGCUGUGUUGAGAGGGUCUCGGUACCUGGUUGGAAGGUGUAGCAAGCAUGUUGACUUUGCAUUCGUCUCCGCAAGGUCUAUGGCCUCGAAGACACAGGUGGGGUUUGUCGGUCUGGGCAAUAUGGGAAACCCAAUGGCAAAGAACUUGCUGAAGCACGGAUACCCAGUCAUUGCCACCGAUGUGUUCCCGGAGUCCUGCAAGGAACUGCAAGAGCUGGGUGCUCAGAUUGUGGAUACUCCUGCUGAGGUAGCAGACAAGGCUGACCGUGUUAUCACCAUGCUCCCCUCUAGUCCCAACGUCUUAGACGUGUACACCGGACCCAAUGGCAUUCUGAAAAAGGUGAAGAAAGGCUCCCUUCUCAUUGACUCCAGCACCAUCGACCCCUCUGUUUCAAAAGAGAUGGCUGCUGCUGCGGAGAAGAUGGGGGCAGUUUUUAUGGAUGCACCUGUAUCAGGAGGUGUGGGCGCCGCCAGUUCGGGUAAACUGACUUUUAUGGUUGGGGGAGCAGAGGCGGAAUUUACUGCAGCCAAAGAACUGCUCACCUGCAUGGGAGCUAAUGUGGUGUACUGCGGUCAGGUCGGAACUGGACAGGCUGCUAAAAUCUGUAACAACAUGCUUCUAGCCAUUGGAAUGAUUGGGACCUCAGAGACGAUGAACUUGGGAAUCAGACUUGGUCUUGAUCCUAAACUGCUGGCCAAGAUCCUGAACAUGAGUUCAGGUCGUUGCUGGUCCAGUGACACCUACAACCCUGUGCCUGGAGUCAUGGAGGGAGUCCCCUCUGCGAAUAACUACCAGGGAGGCUUUGGCACCCAGCUGAUGGCUAAGGAUCUGGGCCUCGCACAGAACACAGCCACCAACACAAAGACGCCUGUCCCUCUGGGCUCCUUAGCCCAUCAGAUCUACCGUAUGAUGUGCGCACGCGGCUAUGCCACUAAAGAUUUCUCCUCCGUAUUCCAGUUCCUGCGUGAGGAGGAGGAGGGCGGCCAGUAAUGUCAACCUCCACCCCGUCCACAGCCUUGCCAGGCCCAGCCCUGCACAGGACUAACAUAGCAUAGUGAAGGGUGCAUUUCGCCCUGAGGACUUUCUUUUUCAAAGUUGUGAAAGACACAUGAAGCCAAGAAAGUUCCAACACAGCGUGACAAAUCAUGUGAGCACUUAUCUCCUAUUGGAAAUCAUGAUUCCUGCGUGAUCUAGCCUUUUUAAUAUGCAACACUCCUCUCAGUUUUAGAAACAAGUGAACUGUCAGAUAUUCAGAGGAUUCAAAAGAUUAGUAGACUGACGAGCAGUGGCAGCUCUGCAGAUCUAAUAAUGCAAAUAAUCCAGUGGGAAUCUGUGGUGUUAUGAAGACAACUCAUUAGCUCUGUUAAUCUACACUGUCAACAAAUGCAAACACGGUUUAGUCUCCACAUAUUUAUCUAUUGUUUGUGAUCACUUCUUUAUGUUGCCGUUCUUUUCUGUUCAUGGCACUUCUCUUGACAUUGGAAAUGUUACUUUGGGGGUAAGAGUGUUAUAUCAUAUCCUGUUCGGAAAUAAAGACACAUUGUGAUGUCUUAAA